AUGGCCAGCCUCAGCCAAAACUCGUCUCCUCCGCCUCUGCUGCAGGUCGACACCCGAGCUCGCACGCUCAGCUCCGCAGAUACUAUCGCGUCGGCGUCGUCGAAUCCCUUCCUCACACCCACCAUCGCCACGAGCCGGACGGCUAGUAUCAGCGACGACGAGCUGUCCGCAUCUCUGCGCCCGGAUCCCGGCACCGAAGACGACUUCCGCGUGCAAAACAACCCGUUUGCCUUUUCGCCGGGCCAGCUGAACAAGCUCCUGGAUCCAAAGUCCCUGGCCGCCUUCCGAGCCCUCGGUGGUCUGCGCGGCAUCGCCAAGGGCUUGCAGACAGACACGGCCAGCGGUCUCAAUGUCGACGAGACCUCGGUGCCCUACGCCAUCUCCUUUGACGAGGCCGUCCGUCCAUCGGCGCUCGGCGGCGUCUGCGGCGGCAAGUCAGCUCCCAACCCGAGCCACGCGUCCGAGUCCUUCGCAGACCGCAUACGCGUCUUCAAACGCAAUGUCCUGCCGCCAAGGAAGCCCACGCCCCUGUGGAGGCUCAUGUGGAACGCGUACAACGACAAGGUCCUCAUCGUGCUGACCGUGGCCGCCGUCAUCUCCCUCGCGCUGGGCUUGUACGAAACAUUCGGCAUGUCCAAGCCCGAGGGCCCCGGUGCUCCGCCGCCGGUAAAUUGGGUGGAAGGCGUGGCCAUUUGCGUUGCCGUCGUCGUCGUCACGGCCGUUGCGUCUCUGAAUGACUGGCAGAAGGAAAAGGCGUUUGUCAAGCUGAAUAUCAAGAAGGAAGACCGCGACAUCAAGGUCGUCCGCUCGGGAACAUCGUUCAUGAUCAACGUCCACGACAUUCUCGUCGGGGACGUGCUGCACCUGGAGCCGGGAGACUUGGUUCCCGUCGACGGCAUCUUCAUCGACGGGCACGGCGUCAAGUGCGAUGAGUCCUCUGCGACUGGAGAAUCUGACGCCUUGAAGAAGACGGGCGGCGACCACGUCAUGAGGGCCUUGGAAGCCGGCCUCGACCCGAGGAAGUUGGAUCCCUUUAUCGUCUCUGGCGCAAAGGUCCUUGAAGGCAUGGGCACCUUCGUGUGUACUUCUGUGGGCGUCAACUCCUCCUACGGAAAGAUCAUGAUGUCGGUCCGCACCGAGGCCGAGGACACGCCCCUUCAGAAGAAGCUCCAAGGCCUCGCCCUGGCCAUUGCCAAGCUCGGCACCGCCGCCGCCGCCCUUCUCUUCUGCAUCCUGCUCGUCCGCUUCCUCGUCGGCCUUCCCCACGACGGCCGAACCUCUGCCGCAAAGGCCUCUGCGUUCAUGGACAUCCUCGUGGGCGCCAUCACCAUCAUUGUGGUGGCCGUGCCCGAGGGCCUGCCUCUGGCCGUGACACUGGCGCUUGCGUUUGCGACGACGAGACUUCUCAGGGAGAACAACCUGGUGCGCAUGCUGCGUGCGUGCGAGACCAUGGGCAACGCCACGACGAUUUGUUCUGACAAGACGGGGACUUUGACGACCAACAAGAUGGCCGUCGUGGCCGGUACUUUCGGCACGAGCAGCGUCUCCAGAUUCGAGGCGGAAUCCAUCUCCCAAUGGGCUUCUCGGCUUCCCUCCGACACCAAGUCGUUGCUCACGCAGUCGGUUGCCGUCAACUCGACUGCCUUUGAGUGCCAGGAAGACGGCAUGCCCGCCUUCAUCGGGCCCAAGACCGAGACCGCUCUCCUCCAGCUCGCCAGGGACCAUCUCGGUCUGCAGUGCCUCGCCGAGACGCGCGCCAACGAGUCCGUCGUGCACAUGUACCCCUUUGACUCUGGCAAGAAGUGCAUGGGCUCCGUGAUUCGUCUCCAGGACGGUUCCGGAUAUCGCCUCCUGGUGAAGGGCGCCUCGGAGAUCCUGCUCGGAUACUGCUCUGCCAUUGCCGACGCGCAAUCCCUCGCGGAGGACGACCUCACGCCCGCCAGACGACGCCAACUCCUGUCCACGAUUGAGGAGUACGCAGGCAGAUCCCUCCGGACCAUCGGCCUCGUCUACAAGGACUACGAAUCGUGGCCCCCCACACACGCCGAGGUGGCAGACGGCCAGGCACAAUUCGCCUCCCUCCUCCGAGAUCUCGUCCUCCUCGGCGUCGUCGGGAUCCAGGACCCCGUCCGUCCGGGCGUGCCCGAGGCCGUGCGCAAAGCCCAGCACGCAGGCGUCGCGGUGCGCAUGGUGACGGGCGACAACGUCGUCACGGCGAGGGCCAUUGCCGCCGAGUGUGGCAUCUACGCCGAGGGCGGCCUCGUCAUGGAGGGCCCCGACUUUCGAAGGCUCAGCGACGCCGACAUGAGGGCCGUGCUGCCCAGGCUGCAGGUCCUCGCGCGGUCGUCGCCCGAAGACAAGCGCAUCCUCGUCACCAAGCUCAAGGAGCUCGGCGAGACGGUGGCCGUGACGGGCGAUGGGACCAACGACGCGCCGGCCCUCAAGGCAGCCGACGUGGGCUUCUCCAUGGGCAUCUCGGGCACCGAGGUUGCCAAGGAGGCGUCGGCCAUUGUCCUCAUGGACGACAACUUUGCCUCCAUUGUCACGGCCCUCAAAUGGGGACGGGCCGUCAACGACGCCGUCCAGAAGUUCCUCCAGUUCCAAAUCACCGUCAACAUCACGGCCGUCCUCCUCGCCUUCACCACCGCCGUCUACGACCCGGACAUGAAGCCCGUCCUCAAAGCCGUCCAACUGCUCUGGGUCAACCUCAUCAUGGACACGUUCGCCGCCCUGGCCCUGGCCACGGAUCCCCCGACCGACAAGAUCCUCAACCGCCCGCCCCAGGGCAAAAAGGCCCCUCUCAUCACCACAAAUAUGUGGAAAAUGAUCAUCGGCCAGUCCGUGUUCCAGCUCACCGCCACCUUCACGCUCUACUUCGCCGGCGGCACCAUCCUCAGGUACAACCUCGACGACCCCCGAAUGCGGCUCCAGCUCGACACCCUCAUCUUCAACACGUUUGUGUGGAUGCAAAUCUUCAACGAGUUCAACAACCGCCGCCUCGACAACAGAUUCAACAUCCUCGAGGGCAUCCACCGCAACCGCUUCUUCAUCGCCAUCAACCUGCUCAUGGUCGGCCUGCAGGUGGCCAUUAUCUUUGUCGGCGGCGCCCCCUUCGCCAUCAGCCCCGGCGGCCUGAGCCGCGAGCAGUGGGCCAUUUCCCUCGUCGUGGCGUCGGCCUGCCUCCCGUGGGCUGUCGCCGUGCGCUUGUUCCCGGACGAGUUGUUUGGCGCGGGCGCCCGCGUCGUCGGGGGCCCCUUUGUCGCCGUGGCGGCGGGCCUGGGCCGGCUGCGCACCGCGUUGGCGAGGACGAGGACGAGGUCCAGGUCGAGGUCCAGGUCGGGGGGCAGCGAGGAGCAUCGCGCGCUGGGCGGCGCCGCGCGGCCGCCUGCUAUCGAGGUGACUGGUGUCGUGGAGAAGGGUCAGGGUCACUCGCCGUCGUGA